GGUGCCGAUGACAUCAGUCCCUUCAACAGAGGAAGGGAAAGCACAGUCUGGGGAGUUUCUCUGAUGAUAGGCUAUCUUGGGUUUGAUGGCUUCACGAGUACUUUCCAGGAUAAACUUUUUAAAGGAUAUGAUAUGGAAAUACACAAUCAAAUAUUCUAUACAACGGUCUGUUCGUGUCUUCUUAGUUUCAUCGGUCUAAUUUUGCAAAGCAAUCUUCUCAUGGCAAUAGAUUUUGUAUCCCGACAUCAUGAUUGUUUCUUUGAUAUUGCUCUGCUUUCAACUGUAGCAACUGCAAGUCAAUUUUUUAUUUCUUAUACAAUCCGCACAUUUGGUGCUCUAACAUUUGCAACCAUAAUGACCACAAGACAGUUGGUGAGCAUUUUGCUAUCAUGCUUGUGGUUUGGCCAUCCUUUGAGCUGGGAACAAUGCAUCGGAGCUGUUAUCGUCUUUGGAUCCCUUUACGCGAGAAGCUUCUUGAAGACAAAACAGAAGGCGGCACCAUCAUUGGAGAUGACUGAAACUAAAGCCCCAGGGCCUUCGUAAGGAAAUUUAUCACAAAAUGACUGUGACCUUUGGAAUAAGUUCAUUAAUAUAUCUCUGCAACUUUGAAGCUGCUUGGAUAAAGAUGUUAUUAAACAAGGCUUGAAUGGCAUUGCUAUUUUUGGAAUUCCAGAUCGAAGGCUAGCUUGCUGGUUAUUGCAUAACAAGGUGCAUAUAAUGGCCUGAUGUAAUCAAGCAAAGAUUUUGACGAGCCUUCCUCAAACCUUUGCUUGUCAAAUUACAGUUUCACUAAGCAAUAGAAGUUCUGUGAUCUGUUGUUCGCUAACCAUAGACUUCUUUUUCCCUCUUUUUGGUACUUCAAAAGAACGUAAUAGACGGUGAGGGUUCUCUCUUUUCAGGAAUUCAGAACUGUACAAGUAGACAUCAGAAAAUCAGAAAUGUAAGAGGGGUCUUGUAGCUCUAGCCUUUUUCAGCUCUAAUCAACAUCAGCUAGUGGCUUUUACUGGGAUCAUUCAUGUACGUUAACAAUGCGUAAUUGUUAGGUUGUAGAACAUAAAAAAUUGUACAUUGAAACUGUCAUAUCACAUACUGCAGACUAUCUAAAAUUCUGAAUGGCCAACAAGAGUUUCAUGAUGCUA